GCGCAGCCACACGUGACGAAUCCGUAGCCCGGCUGUGUUUGGUUUCUAUGUGCUGCUAGCCAAGCCAGGAAGCCAUAGUCGCGUCGGUCGGCCAAGUAAAUGUGACAGAACUGUAGAUAAUUGAUGAAUUUGUCGUGAAUACAAAUGUUUUGACGAUUAUUUGAGUGUACGUCUACUAUUGCGAGCAUGUGGAUAUGUUUACGUACCCUGACAACGUGAGAUAGUGAAACGGAGGGGUAUGUUGAGGUGAUAGACGCCACAGGUGAAAAGUCAAGUGUUUGUGGGGAGAGAAUGGGCAAAACAACAGACGGGGGUGGUAUCGGAGUGACAGACAAAAACAACAUUAUGGAGAAAGGAAAGAAAGACGCACCAUCUGCACCUGUCAUUCAGAAUGACGAGUCGAAUAAACACGUCGACGUGCCGGAGAAGGAAACGCCGCGAGAGGAAGAGACGGGUAAGAGCGAGGAGCAUAACGAUAAUGAUUUAGGGAAGAUAUCUGUAGAAAUAAAGAAGUCAAUUGCUGGGGACAAACCAGAGAGCAUCAACCAGUUCGAUUCAGUGUCAAAUGACAAAGCUAAGAAACCUCCGCAAGUCAAGGACACCGAACUUGCCAAGAAACCCGAUUCCAACAAAAUGGAACCUCUGAAAACGUCAAAUUCUACAAUGAGUUCAAAAAGCAAGAAACCAAAGAAGGGGAUAUUCGUGUCUUACUCCCCAGAUGCUGGGUUCUUGGAGCGGAGAUUCGUUGUAGAAACGACCCAGCAACUCAAAGAAAACAAUCUGGCAGACGAUCUUUGGUUUGACAAAGACGAGAAGAACACGGACAGUCCAUGCUGGUUUUCUCUAAGAAUGGAAGCUGUGGAGAAAUGUCGAGCAGCAAUCCUCGUGUUGUCAGACAGUUACUUCACGUGCCCUGUCUCCGUGUACGAAGGCAAGGCGCUUAUCGACAGGCAUAGGAUGGAUCCCGCUUCCGUCCGACUCUUUCCAAUUCUGUUCAAUAACAUAGAAAACAGCGAGGUACCAAAGCACUACAGCGGCAUCCUCAAAGACGCCGUAGACCUGACUGUUCACGCCAAGCUGAGUCUGGCGGAGAAGACGUCUAUCGUGAUUGGUUCUGUGAUGGAAGAGCUGGAAAAGUUCGCCACCCUCACCUCUCCCCCGACCCCGCUGUGUGCACCCGACGCCGAGUUCACCGGCGAAUACAAACGGAAGAAGAUCUGUCAAUGGAACGUGGGGGACUUGCAGGAAUGGUUGUUCAAACUCGGCAUCAAAGAGUUCUAUCGCCAGAGUCUUGCCGAGAACAUGGUAGACGGGUUUCUGCUCAUGUCACUGACAGACCACGACAUGGUCAAGUACCUGGGGGUGGACAGUCGAGUGGUCAGGAAGAAAAUCAUGCAACAGAUCUUACAGACACUGGACAAGGAGCACAAACAGCCGGACAACUGGCACUUGCGAGCACGAGCUCAACGUGCAAAACCUGACGUGGUGUAUGUGAUUUAUGACCCAGCUGAUGUCAGGCUGGCGCAGAAUAUCAAGGCUGAUCUAAGGAAAAAAAACUUACAGGUCAUACAUCAUGAUGGCAUGAAACUAGGCAGGUCGAAAGAGGAGUUCCUUCAAAUCAAUGGCCCCCAAAUCGCCACAGCAACCCAUGUGAUUGUCCUUUUGACUGCGGCAUCUACAGGAUCACCGUUUGUCUUCCAUGAAGUCCUGUUUGCUGAUUGGUUGGGGAAGAAGCUAGUGACGUCUAUGUUCAAAAAUGUUUGGACCAAUCUAAGAGUGUCACUGAAGGCAGUCCUCGGAGAGUGUCCAGCCAUCGACUUCGAGACCAAGAUGUACACAGAGAGUCUGGAUGUUCUGGAACACCACAUCAAGCCGCUCCGCCGCGUUCCUGGCGUGGUCCUGGAACAGACGUACCUCAACAAGAUGGCCGACGGACUGAAGCCGCUGGAGGUCCUUGCUGGCUGCCGAACCGACAGCAUGAGCUCCAUGCUGGGGACAGAGGGAGAACCCAUGGUCUUUAUCAGCUACCAAUGGGACAUGCAGAGCAAGGUGGAGGAAAUACAGAUGUACCUGGAACGAGCAGGUCUCGUUUGUUGGGCCGACAUCAGCGUGAACCUGCCUCGCGGCCACAGCAGUCACAGCACAAGAAGCAGCAUCAACUGCACCAACUUGGAUACGGCCAACGACACGUUACAGGGACAGAUCCAGCGGACAAUGAAGUCAUCGGCGGUCGUGCUCUGCUGCAUCACACCAAAAUAUCUACAAAGUGACAACUGUGUGAAGGAUUUAGGUCUGGCCGAGAACUACAACAAACCAGUCAUACCUCUCCUCCUCCGCUUCGUCCCCAUCGAGACGGCGCCGGCGCAGGUCAAGAGGCUGCUUCUACGGCAGAGCUACAUCGACUUGAGCAACGAGCGACUUUACCGACAGAACAUUGGUCUUGUUCUGGACAGGGUCCGGAAGGUGGUAGGGAUGAUGUAGCAGAGAUGAUGCUGUGGGUGUCGUACAUCCGUCAUUUCAGUGGGAUGGUGUUGGUGACUCUCUGAUGUACAGGAAUUGUAGAUGUUCAGCUGUGCGCGUCCUGCAAUGUUCACGUUACCUCAAAUCUCAACAGCUUGUACAUUUGCAUUUCCGAGUGUAAUUGCAUGUUAUGAUGUAGAUGUAGCUUACCUGUGUAUAUGUCAUGUCUAUACUGUGAAACCUUGUUUGCCCAGACCAUAUUGUUCCUAGGCUUCUGGACUAACAAGUUUCUGGAUAAUGUAUCAUGGUAUUGAGUAAUAUCACUAUGUAUAUGUACUAUACUACUCAAAAGAAGUUAAAGAACACCCAAUUCUUUCAUAUUACUAUCGUUAUCAGUCAUGGGGCAUGUAUGUUUACCUUCUUUUCAGCAGUGUAUGUUUGGAGAGAUAUUUCCAUGAAGAUAGUGGGAAAGUAUUUGUUCCGUAUUCAAGGGUUUUGCUGGUUUUACUGUAACAGAAGGAAAACACAUUUUUUCAAGUUACGGUAACCAUGGUGACUGGCGCCAAUCAGUUUGGAUUCAAAUCCUUUGAGUCAAGUAUCAAAAGAUGAACUUGUGUAAAUAUGUGUGUUUGAAUGCAUCUCCACUGGUACCCCUUGCUCCCUUUCUGAGAAUCGGUAAAGUAUAUUGUGCAUAUGUUACAGUGGCAAAUGGCUUGAAUGGGACAUUUCCACGCUACUUCUGUGAUGGGCUCUGUGUUAACAUGUGCAGACAGUGUGAUUCUGUUGAGUACAAUGUUUUUGAACUGGCAGGUAAAUGCAGUUGUUUGGUCAUCAAGGCAAGACUUUUCUGUAACUGUUUUACGGGUAUUGCUGGGACUAAAACUUUCAUGCAAACUUUCACCAAAAGAAAUUGUGCACAGUUAGUUGAUCUGCAAGACAAUGUACAAUGUUACAUGAAUGUAUGUUAGGAGAAUUAAAUGACACUGUAUGCAUGGCAACAUGUUUGAUCAAGUUUGGAAGGACAAUAAAAAUAAUAUAACAG